AUGGUUGAUGGGCCCGACUACGUCGUGUUCAUCUGGCCUUGUGUUGCUGUUUGGUCCUUUGACCGACUUGGAAGAAUUUUGCGGUUAUUGACUUGGAACAAACUCACCGCAUACUCAUCUGCGGAGUACAACAGCGAGGCCAAUGUCAUUUUGAUCAAGGCCCGAGUAAGACAGGUUUUGUCUCUGAAUCCCGGGACAUAUUUCUACGUCUACGGUUGGCGCUCGAUCAAAUUCUGGGAAAGUCAUCCAUUCACGCUCAGCGGCUGGAAUAAGGUGACAACUGAAGAGGAGUCCUAUACUGAACUUAUUUUCCUCGUCAGCAUACGAGACGGGUUUACCUCCAGGCUGCGAAGACAGCUAUUGCGUCAUGAGGAUUUCGAGUCCGAGCUGGCUGCUUCAUCCGCCGUGAGAAAGGUAACUCUAUCUGUCGAGGGUCCGUAUGGAACAAAUUUCUGCCCAUGGAAGUCUCAAAGCGCCAUCUUCAUUAUUGGAGGGGCAGGUAUAACGGUUGCGACUUCUUUCAUGCAACAGCUGCUGGACUUUGUUCGCUCGGAUGAAUAUCUGAAAUCAGGUACAAAGACUAUCAAAAUUGUUUGGGCUGUUAGAAACGUUGGGCUCUAUCAGUUUGUGCGCGAGCGCUACAUCUCGACCUGGGAGCACGUCCUUGCAUCGAAAGAUGUCGAACUGUCUUUGGACAUUUACCUAACAUCCUCGUCCAAGUUAAAUGACGAGAUCUCGCCAACAAAGCACGUCUCCCAGCCUUUUGAGCCUUCAGGGGAUACAAAGUCUGAUAUCUCGCCGUCAUCAUCGGUCAAAGCUGAAACUUUGACCAAAAAUGUUCUCUGUGAAGGUAGAUCUGAAAAAUCGGGGGAUGGGUCAUUGAAAACGACCUUCUACCACGGAAGGCCGCGCAUCAGCGAUAUAGUGACAAGCCAUGUUGGAGCCCUGGAUUCUUCCGGAGACAAGAACCUCUCCAUGAUUGGCUGUGGUCCAAAGGCAAUGGCUCAUGACAUAUGCCUCGCUUUUGGCGAUGUUUCCAAGAUAACAAAUGUCAAUGUGGACUUCCACCUGGCUCCUUUCGGUUGGUGA